AUGUCUGAUGACUUGAGCAAGUACGGGUCGGCGCUUAACUCAAGCAUCGCAGACGCGAAUAGCAAGGUGCAGCAGAUGGAAGGAAUCCUGUCCAUCAGCAACCAGGCCAGCAGCGCGAACCUGAGGGGCAGGCGGCGAAGUCGCAAUACGAGGCAAGCCGAGGGAACUCUUCGGAAAACAUUGGGCUGA